UUACAACGCUGAACAUGAGUGGCAUCAACCUGUGAAGAAGCUAGAGAAAGUUCACUUCCCUUAUUCUAUAUAUAACCAGAAAGCAUCUGCAGAUACAAGCCAGUGUGUGGAGGAGACAGGCUGCAGAGCGGAGCAGCAGUGAGAAGGGCUUGCAUCAGAGGAAACAAACGACCCAGCUCCCUGACAGUGUGUGGUUUGUUGAAGUCAUAGACGAUACGUUCUCCAAGGGGGCUUCAACAAGACAGAAGCAGAGUCCCAGAAUUCAAGGAGCUUCAGCUUUUUGCUCACCAUGGAAAACAUCAGCUCGUGCUCUGCAAUGUACGGCAUGUGGAACUCCAACAUCGUCCUGGAGCAUUACAACCACACGGGGCGGCUGACAAGGCGGAGGCCGCAGACGGACGGGGUGGACGGGGUCAAGCUGGGCUUCAUCUUCAUCAGCUGCUUGAUCAUCAUGGAGAACCUGCUUCUGCUGGUGGCCAUCGUGACCCACAUCCGCUUCAGAAACUGGAUCUACAUCUGUAUCGUCAACAUGGCCCUGAGCGACCUCCUGGCUGGUAUCGCCUACAUUGUCAACCUGUGCUUGUCCGGGAAGCGUACCUUCCAGCUGACGCCCAGCUCAUGGCUCUUCCGGGAAGGCAUCCUCUUCGUGGCCCUGGCCGCGUCCAUCUUCAGCCUGCUGCUCACCGCCGUGGAGCGCUACACCACCAUGAUGACACCCGUGUCCUACAAGUCCGCCCGCAAGAGGUACCGCGUCUACGUCCUGAUCGCCCUGAGCUGGGUGAUGGCCUUCGGCAUCGGUCUCAUGCCUCUGCUGGGCUGGAACUGCCUCUGCAACAUGCAGGACUGCUCCACUCUCCUCCCCUUGUACUCCAAAAACUACAUCCUGUUCAGCGUCAUCAUGUUUAGUGUCAUCCUGGCCGGUAUCUGGUUUCUGUAUAUCUCCAUCUACCUCCACGUCCAACACAGCACGGAGAGAGUGGUCAGUUCAUCACGCAGCAGGAACAAGUCUCUGAGGCUGCUGAAGACCGUCAUCUUGAUCGUGGGCGCCUUCAUAAUCUGCUGGAGCCCCCUUUUCGUCCUCCUGCUCCUAGAUUUCUUCUGCAAGCCCAAUAGUGCCAAGCUCUACAGCAUGGACUGGCCCAUCGCCUUGGCCGUCCUCAACUCAGCCAUCAACCCCAUCAUCUACUCCUUGGGCAGCAUGGAGGUGCGCAAGGCCAUCAUCAGCGUUCUGUGCUGCUUCUGCUUGAAGACUGGCCUGGUUGACCCGUCCUCUCUGCUGUCCAUCGAGACAGUGGUCUCCUCGGAGAGCUCUCUGAAAGUGCGGGAGAGUUUCAGGAACAGUUUCCGGAAAGCGCACCGCGUCAACUCCCCAGAGGCAGGGAGAGCGAAGAAGAGCCGGCUCAACUCCACCAACUCCUGCGUGUCCAUGUCGAUGUCCAUAUCCAGUGGGUAGGGAGGCUUUAAGGGGUUAGGGAUGUGCAACAAACAAGACGGUUGUGUAGUUACAAUGCAACUAAACUCCUUUUACUCAGGCUGUUGCUCACAUCUUUUGUAAUUGCACUGUACAGCUUUGGCCAAAAGUUUUGCAUCACCCUACAGAAUUAACACAUUUUGCUUCUAAAGUCGAAUGAAACCUGUUGAAUAAUAUUACGUUAGCAUAUUGAAUUACAUACCGCUUUGUAGUUUUCCUUAUACUUAACGAAAAACUGACAAAAAAUUUUAAAUGUGAUUUUGCUAAAUCUAACAUGAAAAACUGUACCAUUAUUAUGGCUUCCGGUAGACUUGUGCGAAAUCAUUUUGUGGUUUCUUUGAUUACGUGAUGUUAAGUAAAAGAUUUAAAUUAUGGUCACAUUGGGUUUUUUUUUAAUUGUGUCUCAAUCCUAAAUUUCUAGGUGAUGCAGAACUUUUGGCCACAGCAAAACUUUUAGCUAUAGCUGUAAUGCGAAGAGUUACUGCAGUCCAAAAAAAAAAAUUGCGAUGUACAAAAGACUUUUAAAACCCCAGGAAUCAGAUAAGCAUGGCACUCUAUGGAUUGCAUUCCCAUCCUUGGUUAGUUGAUGAUAUAAGUCCUCCUCUUCUGAAACAUCAAGCAGUGGACUGUAUCUCAGACUAGAUCCUGAAAUGGAGUGAGUCCCCUCAUGCAUUGCUGUUUCUCUGCUCCACAUCCAAUGAGGAGCUCCUCAAACAAGAUUUGCAUGCAGCUGUGGAGAAGGAAGUCAGAACGGGCCAGACCCUAACACUGUCACUGCCCCUGAAUUAUAAGCAUGAGUGGCAAAAAAAAACUUGCAGACUGAGCCAAGAUCUGCUAGCAAAGCCCUAUUAACCAAUGCUGUAGAUGCAUAGCUGUGACAUUUUUUACUUAUGUCCAUUCACCUACUUUAAUUGUGAUGCAGCACAGCAUUUGCACCAGGCUGUGAGUACUGUAUGUGUAUUUGAUGGAUUGCACAGAGGCUGCAGUUGUUGCAUCUAUAGGCUAUGAUUGCUAAGAUCUUUAAAAUGCUUCAGUGCACAGCAAAGCAUUGCUUUAUAUGGCAUGGUUACUAUAGCAAUUGAACAGAUUUACUCAGACCUGAAAUUAAAACUGUAUUGCUUAGUCACUCGUUGUUGAGGUAUGUAAAUACAGAGGUCCUACCUACGUAUCUGAUGGAUUAUGAGGGAUGUAAGUCUACCCUGUAUUUAAAGACCACCAAUAGACACCAUACUGGACAUAAAGACCACUUGUGCCUCUAUUAUUAGGAGCUGUACAGAGAGGUAAUCUUAUACACUGGUUUGGCUGUAUAUUUUAAUUAUAGGGGAUUAUGAAUGCAUCUGAAAAUUAAGCGGUCAGCCUGUUGUGUAGAUGCUCUUCUGUUAGCUUUAUAUAUAAUUGAACUGUAGGAGAGUGUGAAUAGUCUUGACGCAAGCUGUGCGCGCCCUCUAGUGGGAAAAUGCUGUAAAACUGUACAUGUAUUGAAUGUAGCUUUUGAAGCAAUACCAAUAAAGAUAAUUAUUAUCAAAUGGGACCCGCU